UAAUAUAUCCUCGCCAAAUGAAAAUGUUCAGCUUUCAUCUAAAUCAUGGAUGGGGAAAGACAAUGUUGCUACUGCACACAGUCAAUAUGAGCUGGGGCCUUGGGGAGAGAAAAUGGUUCCUUACAGUGCACAGGCAUCUGGGAAUUCAAUCACCACAGACAAUAUGCAAUAUUCAUCAGCAAUGUGCACCACUGAGCUACCUGGAAGUGUUAUAAGUUUGUCUGAAGAGUUAAGUGCGUAUCCUUCUUGUAUAACUAAAAGUAUUGCAGUUGAUGAGGGAGAUUCAAUAGAAGAUCCUGAUGAAAAGGGAAAAUCUUGGCUCAGCAAGAUAGGAAUUUACAGGAACAAGCUAACAUUUUUACCACAUUGGUCAAGCAGGGAAGAAAGCACAACAGACUUUAACCACGAUUCUGCAGACAUGCAUGCCUUAAAAAACUCUUCUUUCAUUUUUCGGGAUCCAAGCGAUAUGACUAAGCACAUGGCAAAUGAAGGUCAACUUUAUAUUCCGUACAAUUUAGCUAAAUUUUACAUAAAUAAGAUUGUUAAAGAUAUGCAACAAAUGCAAACCAAACACACUGAGGCCACCAGACAACUUAAAGUGGCAGAAAAACAAAAGCAGGAACAAGCAGUGCUUGCCAUUAGAACUCAUUAUCGGGAUAAAAUGAAAAUGCUAAAAUUCAGAUUAGAAGCCUAUCAAGAAACAAUGGAAAAGAAAAACAAAGAACUUUGUGACAAAAUAAAGGUAAAACUGAAUAAUACCCCACAAACCAAUGAGGUGGAAUAAUUUGAUUUGUAGUAGACUGCGUCUAAAAAUAUCAAAGUCUAAA